AUGACCUCUGAAGGUCGACCACAUUUUAAGAUGAAUUUACUUAAACCGCUGAUUAUAAAACCAAACAUCAGUGGUUUGAUCAACAGUUUGUGUAGUAAAAUGCGGUCACUCUCCAUCCCACCGUCAAUACCGUCGGAGAUACUAUACCAGCGUGAAAUAACACCUGCUAAGACACCAGCUCAUCAUAAUAAUCCAGAAAUCGAAAAGCUGUUAAAAGACGAACUAUGUGAUUACCCCGCAUAUUCCUCACGGAAAAUUCGCCAUGGAUUUCAGGAUGCUAUCAUGAUUCGUGAUUACAAGCGCAGACAAGUUUCUGCUCAUUUUUGUAACUUACGCAUCAGAUUAAACGCUAUCAGGAAAAACACGAUUUUACCCCAGGAAAUCAAGGAUUUAGCAACGUUAUAUAUUUCAUCGUUACCACGUGAUAGCAAUUGGACGCGCAUUUUAAGCAGAUGUACCGUUACUUCGAGGAGACGAGGAUGUAAAACACGUUGGAAAGUUUCACGUAUUAUAUGGAGAAAAUAUGCAGACUAUAACAGAAUGUCUGGGGUACUUUGGGCUCGCUGGGGAUCGAAUACUCGAAGCAUACGAAGACAUAUGUUAUGGCCGCCUCCUAGAGAAACCCCUGUCUCUGAAUAUAUACAUCGAUAUUACAAAAACUUGGCUGAUGUAUAG